CUGCUCCACUGGCCGCAUGCAAUGCGACGCGGUCGAGGGCUGCCAUCUAAGAUCACGGGUCGGAUGACAGGCGAAGUGAACUGGGUGGACGUCGAGCCCGGCGCUCGGGUUAUUCGCGCAACGAUACCGACAGUAAACUGCCGCAGCUUCGCUGAUACGUUGAGAAGCACAAGUAAGGCCAGGCGGCGACGCAGAGGUGGCGUCCGCAAGAUACGCCUUUGUAUUUACUUUUUGUAUAUUUGCAUCAGUAUUCGGGUUCUACACCUCCUCGCCACUUGGUAUCCCGGAGACGAGACCCUUCGUGCUUUCAGCGAGAGCCCGAUUAAGCUGAUGUUCAGUAGGAGUGGUAUAUCCUUUGGAACAUGGCAAGCGUUUCACUUCGCAGGGGAAAUAAAAAUUGAUGCAGAAGAUUCAGCAAUCAGACAGAAAAAGCGGGCAUACAUGGUCCAAGGAGAUAUUGUGGAACGCCCGAAAUGGUCAGAAGAGCUGAACGUGACGCAAGAGGCAGUGGUGGCCCUCGAACCACCACCACCACUGGGAGUAGGAAGGUCUUGUUUUUUCAGGGUACACCACGAUGAGGCGAAGAUCACGUUCUAUGACGACGGCCGAGUGAUUAUUCAUGCAUUAGAAAUAGUGAAAAGUCCCCGUGGAGUCACUGAUCACAUCUCAAUCGACGACCUUCUCUGUGUUCACUUUCGUGCUAUGACUAAAUCUUCCCACCAAAAUCUUCUAACACAAGGGAUUCAAGUUGCUAACAAGGUGAGUGCAACCUCGGAUAACAACAUUCUGCCGCAGGUUCCUGAUGUGAUACCGGAUAGUACCUCAGGUAGAGUUUUAAUGCUGAAUUCAGCGACUACGUUGGAAAUGUUAUCGGAAUACCACCGCACACUUUUGAACCACCAAGCGUAUGCAGAACACCAUCACUAUGGACUUGUUUUGGCCUUAGUUAAAGCAGAAACGCUAGCUGGACGUUCAGGAAAGUUUGCCAAACAUCUUGCUCUGGGAGUGCAUGCAGCCCAGACUUAUAUACCUGGGAGAGUGACCAUGGGUCUGGCAUGGAAUACAAUUUAUGCUUGGCACGCUAGCUGGCAGCCAUUCAGUGUUUACGGUGAUAUGUGGGAACUUGACAAGGACAUACUUUUUGGCGACACGGGGCAAAUUUGGCUGAACACUGGGCUUCUGUGCGCACGUCCUACAAGGUGGACAGUGAACUUUACUCAGAGGGUAGUCAACGCUGUUUUUUCGGAGUUCUCAUCACAUGAUAUCGAGGUGCCUUUAAGCAAGCAAACCCCCGGAAGUAUUUUUUCUGACGCAGGCAAUCAUAUACCUGUAGCUUAUGGUUUUCAACGCGACCAACCUGCGGUGUGGCAUGUAUUGAGUCAGACCUGGGCUAUGGAAAAUAAUCUUCCCUAUCGAGCACAGGGUUGCAAGGCAUGGUACCAGGCUUGCAAUCCACGUGAAAAUCCGAUCGAGUGCUGGCACUGGUGCCACUGGGACCCUUUGCAGCGUGUGAUUACGAGAGAUGGUCAUUGGAAAGGACUUGAAUCUAUUAACUUUCUUUCUCACGUUCAACUUAUUUCUCAGUCAGGUGCAUCAAAGGCUACACCCAGAUUCAGUUCGAGGAAUGUCGAUUCCCCUCCACUCCAUCGCAUGUGUCUACGAUCAUGCUUCAGUGUGCUUGCGCGGCUUUGGAUGGGCUCCUGUUCACUAUUGACGGGUGGAGCCUCUUUUUGCUGGCCUGCAGAUGUGGAUAAGAUGUCACUUUGCCAUGGUCUAGGUUGCCUGGAACAGAUGACUGAUCAUGGCGGGGGAUGGAUAAAACAUACUGGGCAUCAACACUGGAGAGACGUUUUGCCUAGCUGUAUCCCGAUUGAGGAGACAGAAGCAGCAUUGGAGCAGACAGACCAUACAGCUUUGUGCACUCAAACUUGAUCUGAGGAUCAGCUUGCCAGUGCUCAGACUGAUUCUCUAGAAAGAAACCGUGUCCUCCUCUAGCGCGUGAAAUCAAAGGAAUGAAGUCUUACAUAGGAU